GACGCGUCGUCCAUCACCACACCUCCUGCCUCCCGUCCGUCAGUAGACCAGAGUUAGAGCAAAAAGGAACGAUUUUCGUAAAAGUUUAUUCACUUUCUUCGCAUCAUCCACCCACGCAAAAAGCACCUAGCGCGCUUCGUGGAAACAGUCUCCGGAUUCGUCGCGAUUCGAAUAUUACCAAGUGAUAGGAAUAAUAUAUUUUGGAAGGUCACUUUUUCGGUGCUUGACGUAGCACUUCGGUUCGGUCUAUAAAUAAAAAAAGGCAAUGACAAGCUGAAGGGACGUCGACGACGGAAUAAAAAUCAAUCAACAGCUUACUUUGUGUGCAGUCUGGAAGUGGAUCCGGAGAGGUGUUCAGUGCGUUUGAAUUAUAAUUUGUUAAUCGUCAUUGUGGUAUUUAUUGAUUGGCUAUUCUAGUAGGUAGUUCUAGUUAUAUAAGUAGGAAAGUGUUGGAAGUUCCCGAAGGAGGAUUGUUAAGAUAAGUCUCACAAGAUGUCCGGAAAAAGUAUUAUGAGCAAAUUUGUGAUACGGAACAUUGUCCAGAUGGUGGUCAAUUGUUCGUACGUCUGCGUGUUCUACCUGAUGCUGCUGAGCUUACUGGACACGGCGGGGGUCGGAGCGAACAAGCUCCCCGAGGAGGACAUAUCGAUGGCGACGGAGACCAACAAUGCCGACAUCGGAAGCAGCGACAUGCCCGCGGACAAGUCCGGUGGAUUCUUCAACUCCGACGUGGGCUUCGUCCAUGGUUUCAUCGCGUCGUUCUCGGUCAUCAUCGUGUCGGAGCUGGGCGACAAGACCUUCUUCAUCGCGGCCAUCAUGGCCAUGCGGCAUCCCCGGCUGACGGUGUUCACCGGUGCGAUCGCUGCCCUGGCCCUGAUGACGGUCCUGUCGGCCGUGUUCGGCAUGGCCGCCACCAUCAUUCCCCGGGUGUACACCUACUACAUCUCGACGGCGCUGUUCGCGCUGUUUGGGCUGAAAAUGCUCCGGGAUGGGUACUACAUGUCGGCCACCGAGGCCGCCGAAGAACUGGAGGAGGUGCAGUCGGACAUCCGGAAGCGGGAGGACGAGUUGAUGCGCUCGAUGAACGGCAACCGCAAGGAAACAGUCGAACUGGUUCCUCUCAACGAACAUGACAAUAGUAGCAAGGCUCAUUCGUCGCCGGAUCGUACCGUCGGCGGCGGCAACGGGAGCACCAUGAAUGGAUCGCUCCACUCGCUCGUCUCGAACGCUCACCGCGAGGUGCCUGGGUCCCAAACGAUUCGCCUGUCUGCGUCGGCGACGCACCUGCAGGGCUCGAAUCAGCAUCUCCCCAGCCAUCAUCCGCAUCAUCUCAGUGAUAGUAGCACUAGUAUUAGUAGAAAUAAGCUCGGUUCGUCGAAAAGUCUUGCCGUAACGAUCGGCGAGCAGAACGAACAACGCCAGCGGACGCGAUCCGGCAUCGUGGCCAACGGAGGAAUCAAUGCGACCGGUGCGGGCACCGGCGCCAAUGGGGUCAUCUCCGAUGGAAUCGACGUUACUGCGGUCGGCUCAACCGGGUCCAUCAACCAAAGCAAACGGCUGGAACGUGAAACGUCGGCCACCGUCGUCCAGGACGCCGAAACGGGCGUCAUCCGCAAGAACAAGCAACGCAGCGCGUGGAAUCUUUUGCUCCGAAUCUUCAUGCAGGCCUUCACGAUGACAUUCCUGGCGGAGUGGGGCGACCGGUCCCAGCUGACCACGAUCAUCCUGAGCGCCCGCGAAAACGUGUACGGUGUGAUCAUCGGUGGCGUAAUCGGACACGCCAUCUGCACCGGGCUCGCCGUGAUAGGCGGCCGGAUGAUCGCGCAGAAAAUCUCCGUCAGAACUGUAACCCUCAUCGGUGGUGUCGUUUUCCUGGUAUUCGCGGUCAGUGCACUGUUCUUCAGUCCCGAGGAGGAACCCGUCAAAGUGUCGCCUUAGUGAGGAGAGAAAGCGAGAAAACAAAACAGGACCCCGCCCUUCAAAGAACACAGGAUAAUGACCAUUCUUAGCCCUAGGUAUAUUAACUUUAGUUAGGCUUACUUUUUACCACCACCCAUCGUGAAGCAUUACAGUGCUAUUACCGUACCUUUAUGCAGUUAUAGUUUAUUUUCAUUUGUCAGACACCACCCCUCAAUGUGAAUAGUCCAUCGUCGAGCCGAUUGUAAGAAAUGAUAUUAGUUUUUUUUUUCUUUAGAAACGCUUAAGUCCAAACGGUGAAACACACUGAAUUUGUAAGAUGCAAUAAAAAAAAUCUUUGUAAAACAUACAACCUGGCUGUUAAUGUACGAAAUUCGAACAAAUGUUGUAGAAUGAAUUGGAAUGUACUGAUUUGUGGAUAUUGGGGAUACUAAUUCACCACAAAUGACGACUAUUUGGAGCUAUCCCUUUUCAAACGUAGCAGGUACGUGAACUGCAUUUUAGACGUCGACUGCAGGAAAUUACGCAGCUGUUUAACCUACAAUGUUACACUUGAAAUUGACAGGCAUGGUUUUCGAUGCCAUUAUCUGCACAUGGCCCAAUCAGUUCUUGCGUUUUUGUGUACAGGUAAAAACGACGUGAUAAAUCAUACCUAACUGAUGUGCUCUGAUAACACUGGAAAUGUAUUAAUUGGUUAGAAAAGAUGUGAAAAUAAACUAUGUUCACCAUUGGAAA